AUGGGAGGGGAGACGGAACCACACGAUGAGGACCAGCGUCCUCCUCCUCUACCACCUCGACCCGCACCCGCACCCGCCUCGCCGACAGAUGCAAAGGCUCUGCAAGCAGAAGCCACUACAGCCGUGACUCCCCUGGAGAUUCAGACACUCUCGUUCCCAGACGGUUCCCGGGGUACAUUUUCGAGUCCUGGGAUAGGAUCAGUUGCGAGUCCCGUUGGCAGCGGCUUUUCGACCCCAAACCGUCGGCCUAGCACAUCAUAUCUCCCUGAAGAUGAUGCAGUCAGCGUGACCAGCUUCGCGCCCACCCUGCGGCCUGCUGGCGAUAUCGCUAGCCUGCUCACCUCGGAGUUGCACAAGAGGAGUCCAGCAUGGCAUCUCCUCAGGACGCAGGCCAGCACCGUGCAGCCAUUUGAGAGGUCUCCCAGGGGGGCUGGUGAUCGCCUAGCCAGGUUCGAGCAAGAGUUCGACGCACUUCCAGAAGAGGGAGACGGUCAAGAGGAUGAUGAACGUCUGUCUGCUUGGAAAUCCAAGCUUAAGCAUUAUUUGAUUCUAUCGUCGGCUGGAAAACCCAUCUGGAGCCGCCAUGGUGAUCUCAGUCUCAUCAACUCCUCGAUAGGCGUCGUGCAAACAAUCAUUUCGUUUUAUGAAGGGGCUAAGAACCCUCUUCAGGGGUUUACUGCGGGCAACACCCGGUUUAUUAUCUCUACCCAAGGUCCGCUCUACCUCGUCGCGAUCACCAAGCUGGCAGAGAGUGAUAUGCAACUACGUUCACAGCUUGAAGCCCUAUACAUGCAGAUUCUCUCGACGCUGACCUUACCAACUCUUACUCACAUUUUCAAAAAUCGCCCUUCGAGUGAUUUACGCAAGCCACUGCAAGGCACCGAGUCGCUGCUGUCAUCCCUCGCUGAUAAUUUCACAAAAGGCUCGCCUUCGUCGCUUCUGGGUGCUCUCGAAUGCCUCAAGCUCCGAAAAUCACAAAGAAAUACUAUUAACAAUACUUUCCUGAAGCUCAGAACAGAAAAAUUACUUUACGGUCUCAUCGUGGCAGGAGGCAAGCUGGUCAGUGUCAUCCGACCGCGCCGCCAUUCUCUCCAUCCAAGUGACUUGCAACUCAUUUUCAAUAUGUUGUUCGAGUCCGAUGGCAUCAAAGCUGGUGGUGGUGAGAACUGGAUACCAUUGUGCCUCCCAGCAUUCAACAAUCGAGGCUACCUGUACAUGUAUGUGAGCUUCUUCGAAGACCCAACCUCCAACGAGGAACAGGAGACUUCAACGCCCGAGCCCAAGCCGAAAUCAUCCGAGGAAGAAAUCGCCAUGGUCCUCAUUAGCGCAGACCGAGAAAGUUUCUUUGAACUGCAACAGAUGCGAGACAAGGUCACCAAACAGCUGACCAAAAACGGCAGCCUCGCCAUAAUACAAAGCGCGGUGUCUGCUGGCCGUCCCAAGAUUCCCGAAAUUGCACCAGGAAGCCAAAUCAGCCACUUCUUAUUCAAGUCUCGCGCCAACGUACAGUUCUGCAUGGGAACAUUGGAGCCGUAUUUUACGGAACCAAUGACACGAAGAAGGUUAAUGAGUGUGUACCAUGAACUACAUUCGUCGGUCCAUGCCAAGAACUCGCGACUCAAGGUGUUACAUUCAGUUGCUGAGGAUGCUACAUCACUGGCGUGGAUUACACCGGCAUUCGAGUUCUACUGCGUGGCUGGACCCAACCUCUCCAGGACUCUGAUUACCCAAGGCGCCAAUAAGAUCAUCCAGUGGACAAAGAAAGAGGAGGAGCGUUUGUUCAUCAUCGGUGGUGGUGUCUUUUAG